GUCGUUGGAUUCCAAUUCUCAGCAGUCCGGCUCAGACCGCCUUCACCGCUACAACACUUUAUACUUCUCGUGUUUUGUGAAAUUUUAAACUUCUUGCGGUUUUUACUUCUUUUUCGAUUCCUUUUUUCUUUCCUCUUUCAUAUCCCGUGACCCGGUAGUUCGUGAGACCGGGACCAACAAACAAAAGAGACUCCGGAUGACGUGGUUCUUCUCUUUCAAAUCAUUCUGCUGAGGUACAAAUUUUGCGCCUCGUGGUUCAAGUGAAAAAGUCGCGAAAACCGCGCGGCCUCUGCAGCAGCCGCACCUCCAGAUUCCACCGCUACCAACACAGGUAACACGUUGAAUUCCUGGAGGCACGUACAUACACAGUCCACGACGCCGCAUACCUCGUUCUCGAGACCUGGGAAAAAAGUUGAAGAGGAGGAGAAAAGAGAGAGAGAGAGAGAGAGGGAGCCAGGUAACCAAAGGUAAGGAGAGGAGGAACGAGAGGAGAGAACCUGCAGGUAGAAGGGGCAAGCUAGAUGGAAAGGAGGCAGCCAUAAUGGCUUGAUGCGAUCUCCUCGAGGCGGCUACAGCUGCUGCGAAAUCGAAUCUAGAACUCCUUGGAUAGUUUUGCAAUCAUAACGUCUACCGCUGACUACGCAACCUCAUGUCGUUACACGCCACUUCUUUUAAAUAUUCCCCUCAGUGAUCUCCUACAAGUCGAUCAGUGAUUUACUGCAAAAAAAAAUACAAUCAAUAUAGUGCUUACCUGUCAGUGUUUAAGACAAGUGUUCUCCCAUCAUAGUGCUUCAUCAACCAAGACAAUUAGUGAUUGAAUAUAACGCCUCAAGUGAUUAUCCAAUGAUUUCAGUGUCAUUAUUGUGUGUUUCCUCGCCACCUGAAAUAAAAAUUUCCAAUUCAAUAGGAACAUAAUUCUCGAAAUUUUCAAAAAAAGUGCCGCGUAUGUUAUUCACAGUGUUGAAAAUCCCGUUGGAUAGAUAGUACAUAUAGAAAAGAAGAGAUAGCGAAUCGUGACCGUUGAAGCAAAAAAAAAAAGAAAUGAGAGGGGCAAAUCACGACUCGGCGACGCCGUAUUGUCGCUGCAGGGUGCUUUACCUGGGAAGUUCUGUGCCACAUGCAAGUAAAGAGGGUUUAUUGGGAGUUCAGGAGCCACUUCGUGAACUUUAUCCCGAGCAAGGGGCGCUUGGUGCACGCGGCAUUGAUUCAUGGUUGAGCGUUUGGAGCAAUGGACUUCUAUUGGAGAACGUGGAUGAACAUCGCAAGAAGGUCACAAGGUUCUUUCCAAUUGAGGCAUUGCAUUAUUGCGCCGCUGUACGCCACGUGAAAGGUGGAAAUAAUGGUGAUGCAUCAGCAACACGAUUUUUACCACUCGAUUCACCCUUUGCUCGAACACCAAGUGCCAAUCAUCCGCCCUUAUUUGCGGCCGUUCUUCGACGAACAACUGGUAUCAAAGUUCUCGAGUGCCACGCCUUCAUCUGCAAACGCGACAUGGCUGCCAAUGCCCUCGUGAGAUGUUGUUUUCACGCCUAUGCCGACAGCAGCUAUGCCAAGGGUCUCGAUCCAACAACCACCAACAACACAAACGGAACAAUUGUUCCCCAACAAACUGGUAGCCUCUAUCACACACUCGGAGGCUCGAGCACAACUCUCGACAGUCCACCAAUAACCAGGCUCGAUGCUGCACCAUCCGAUGACAUGAGCCUCUACAACGGUGACGAGAAUCACAAAGUUUGGGCCCGUGGCAGAGACGAAGUUGACGGCGUCUAUCAGGAACAGGGCACACUCCGUAGCACCAAAGGCUCAAGGCCUCGUCAACUUGUCGCUCCUCCACCUCCACCGCCUCCGCCACCACCACCCACCCAACCGCUAAUGCUCGAGGAAUCCAAAAAGAAAUCAAGCAAAAAGCUGAAAAAACUCAAAAAUCGCACUCUACAAGACGAUCCCAUUCACUUGCAUCAUCCUCAAAUGCAUCAUCAACCUCUCUAUACGAAUGGACAUGGACAUCACACACUUGGUCAUCCAAUUCGUCAACAACACUAUCAUCCCCAUCAGCUUCCACCCAGCAGUCGAUCAAUUGCCGGAACUCUGGCGAGACCAGCACCGGUUCUUCUCGUGCCAGCGGCCACUCUACCCAGAAAGGCUCAUCAUCAUCCCCGUGGCUUGAGACCAAUUCCAGCAGCGGCGCCUGUUGUACCGGUUUUUGCACCACUUCCUGUCGUACCCCCACCACCCGCAGCCAUGUACGGCACUUACGGUACAGCCGGAAAUCGUGGUAGACGAUACCCGGAAGUCGAUAAUUCAACAUUAAAUAAUUCCCGCCGAUUGGCAGCAUCGCACGCUGAUCUCACUGCACCACCUGAACCCCGUCCAUCCGAGAGUCCUGAAAAUGAUUCACGAUUUGGAACUGGAAUUUAUCGUCGCAAAGGUCAUUUAAAUGAGAGAGCAUUCUCAUAUAGCAUUCGAGCUGAACAUCGUAGUCGAAGUCAUGGUAGUCUUGCUUCAUUGGGCUUCAGCAUUCCAAAUGGUAAUCCCGUACCCAAGGGGAAAAAAGAUAAAGAAAUUGAACAAUUAGUCGCGGGACUUACACUUGACGAUGGUGGUCAUCAUCAGGAAAAUGGACACUAUCCACCUGGACCACAUAUCAGGACUGCUAAUUCACACUAUAAUCAUCAUCAUCAGCAACAUCAGCCACCACAACCUCUCCCGAGGCCACGACCCCGCUAAAGGUCCUGUUGCUUUCGCGUGGAUAACUUUUUUUACCUCUUGAUCCCAAGUAUACUCAUGCCUAUAGUGUAGAGAAAUUUUUUUUUAUUACACUUUUGUUUUAAUGAGAAAACAUCAUUCUAGUAAACAAAUUUGAAAUGGUAAUUUAAUUUUUUAAAAUGAAAAUUCCAAUUUGAAAUAAAUUUUUAACUAGAAAAAUUUGCCAUUUUCUCAUUUAAAAUAAAUUGGUUUUAACUAAAAAUUAGUUUAAUUAAAAUUUCUUCAAAAAAAAUAUUUUUGAUUUAAAAGUAUAUAAAUAUAUAUGUACUUGAAAAAUAAUCUCUGAUGGUUGACGCUCUUAUGUGAUUCUUUCUGGAAAUUCGUUCUUAUUUUGCUCAGAAAUAAUUCUUCUGGAAAGAUCAUUGUCGGAUAAUAAAAGACCAAGUCUGCUAAAACGUCAUCAGAUAUCGUCAACUUCCUUCUUUUUUUUCCUACUGAAAACUUGCUUUUAAGAAUUUGAGACGUCUCUCCUUGGUUCUUAGAUCAGUCGC